AUGAGUACACAGUUAAAAGUUGAACGCCAACUUCCGUCUUUAUCACACUCUUAUUCUUUAAGUGACCAGCAACACUCAACGUCUUUAGUUAACGUUGAGCAGUCCCAAAAUCCUUUUAUUUCUGGACAUAUGUCUUCUCAAUCGUCAUGUUCGACUCCCUUUUCUUCUCCUCCUUCAAGAAUUCGAACUGUUACUGAUUCUGAUUCCUCAAAACAAUCUAACACUAGUAAUACCAUGAGAUUAGCAAACACAAGUUUAGGUAGUGACGAUAACGGAAGUGCCGUUAUGAAGCGAACUAAUAAAACUCACGUUCCAAGUGCCUGUGUGAACUGUAAGCGUGCUCACCUUGCUUGCGAUGUAUCGAGACCUUGUAAACGAUGCGUCGCUCUAAAUAAAGUUGAUACCUGUAUCGACAUUAAACACAAGAAACGAGGGCGCCCAAAAUUAAAAGAUAAGAAACCUCAUCCGUACAAUACUCAUGCAACGGGUGAUGCAAAAACCUGGGUUUCAAAUACACAAUUUCUUCCACCCACAACAACAAAUCCAAUUCCUUCUCGAAAUCAACGUCAAUUCGAUCCUUCACCUUCUCAAAAUAAUCAACUUUCGUUUUCUUCUUUUGCACCUUCUCCUCCUUUCUAUCGAUCACCUCCUGCAAGACAUAUACCUUUUAAUCAUCCUCCUUUCGUCACUCAACCUUCAAGAUCUCAAAUUCCUUUAUCUGAAAUUUCACCGACAAUUACUAUGUUUUUAACGAUUACUGGUGCACAAUUUGCUCGAAUUUCUGAUGAAUGCUUGGGUAAUAUGGGUUACUAUUCAAAUGAACUUGUUCAUAAAUCUUUAUAUGAAUAUGUUCCUCCUUCGGAUUGUGAAAGAUUACAAAAACUUGUUGACUCUUUAAUGGAUAAUGCUCAUAGGUACCACCAUACUCUUCAACCUUCUCAUCAAUUCUCUUUCCAAUCUCCUUCCUUUGAUCAUCCUGUUACAACCGAUGAUCCUGGUUUUUAUCAAACAACUCCUGAACAAUUACAAUAUCCUGCCUGUGGUGGUACUCUUAUUGAAGCUGCUGACAUGAUUCAUUUAAAACAAAGAAAUGGUCAAUAUGAUUUAUAUAAUGUCAAAACUUAUCUUGGUGGUGGUCUUGGUGCUGAUUUAACGAGAAAAGAAACUUGGUCAAAAUUAUAUAUUGUCGCUUUUUUCACCAGAGUUAAAACUGGUUCUUGCGUACAAAAUGAUUGUAAUCUUUACGCUCAAUCUAGAAUUAAUGGUCAACCUGUUAAUAAUACUGUUAAUAACACUGUUAAUAAUAAUGUUAAUAGUUCUGUUAAUAGUACUGUUAAUAGUAUUAAUGGUUUCUCAGCUGUGAACACACCUUCUACAAUUACUACAAUUGAUCCGGCACUACUUUCGAUGUCACAUCAUUCAUCAAAUGAUACAUCAAAUAUAGGUACAGGAAAAUUAUUUGGUCUUUUAAGUCCUGUCUCAUCACCAAGACAAGAUUUCAAUCCAUCAUCUAUAUACAUAGAACCACCACCACCACCUAAUUCACAAAAUCCUACCGACUUUCAUUCCCAUCAAAGAAGUCAUCAUUAUUCAAACUCAUUCGCUCCAGUAACUCAAAAUAUUCCUAGAUCGGACUCAUCUCAUUCUUCACCAUCAAUGUUACCUGAUAGACGAUCUUUAUCAAAUAGAUUUUCUAAUAAUAAUAUAUAUUAUCAUGAAAUGGAUGCUAAACCUGUUAUAGAGUCAUCAUUUGAACAUAAUCGACUUGAUCGUCCAUCACAUUUUCAUCAUAUACCAGCGAAUAAUGAUGCAUCACAAUUUCAAAAUGAUGAUCGUGAAAGAAUUAUUUCAAGAGAUUCUGAGUCUCGUGUAAGCACUCUUGGAACUGAAUCAGAUUCUACUCUCGUUACUAGGAUGAGUGUAACUUCGUUAUUAUGCUAG